AUGCCAGAGAAGAAGUCUAAGAAGCGUACCUUCUCCCAAAUUGAAGCUGUUACUGUCACCCAACGGUAUGAUCCAACUACCGUGUUUACUGUGCUUCAGGAAUUAUCACAUUACCCUGCUUGGAAGAAAUUUGAUUGGGAUGAAUUGGUGAAGAAAACCUCAUCUGGUAUUUCUAAUGCGAGAGAAUAUCAGAUGCUAUGGCGUCAUUUGGCAUAUGGUUAUUCCUUGCCCGAAGAUUUUGAAGCGGAUGAUCCUAUGGAUGAUGACAGUGACCUCGAUUAUGAGCUGGAACCAUUACCUUCUAUAAGUGCGGAAUCUACACAAGAGUGCUCAGCAUGUGUGAAGGUGAUGAUAGCUUCCCGUACGCUAAGUGAAUCUACCCCUAGUAGCUCAACAAUUGAGGCUCCAUUGAUUGUAAAUUUUCCAGUUUGCCAUUCAUUUAGAACUCAAAGGGAAAUGUCACAGCCCUCUAAUUUGAUGGAACAGACAAGCAUUACGUUUCCAGUUACUGUUCAGAGACAGACACUUCCAACAGUAUCAUCCUCAGAUGCUUUAGAAACCAAAGGAACAGUUGGUGGUUCCAUGGCUUCCAAAAGGAAAAGAAAAGCAUGGUCAGAGGAAGAGGACAAUCAGUUACGGGCUGCUGUUCAGAAAUGGGGUGAAGGGAAUUGGGCAAACAUGGCAAAAGGAGACAACUUUCCUAUCAAGAGAAGUGCAACACAAUUGUCACAGAGGUGGACCACUUUACGAAAGAAAGACGGAAGUGGCACUUCAGGAACCGUCAAUUCAGGACCCACUGUGACCACCACCAACACACAGUAUACUGCUGAACAGUUGGCAACUCGUCACUCCUUAAAUUUAGCCCUUGACAUGCCAUUCAAAAAGUUAACUGCUCCUGGAAUGACUGAUCCUGGUAGGACAUCCAUGUCAAUUAAUAAUCAAGUGCAGUCUCGUAAUACGACGCAAGUCUCCACAAUUCGUAGUUCUGUACCCCUUCAGCGUCCAUCUCAACAAGCUUGUGGUUCCCCUGCGAAACCCACAGCCACCUCUGAAAAUCCUGUCUCAAGAUGUAUUGCAAGCUCUGCUCGUGAGAUAAAACCUGCCAAUAUUCACUCUGGAGCACAAACUUUUUCACAAUCAAAUGCAGUACCAAAUGCUGCAAUUUCAGCUCGUGAGUUAAAACCUGCCAUUAUUCACUCUGGAGCACAGACUGUUUCACGAUCAAAUGCAGUACCAAAUGCUGCAAUUUCAGCUCGCGAGCUAAAACCUGCCAUUACAGCACAGACUGUUUCACGAUCAAAUGCAGUACCAAAUGUGGCAACAACCCACGGGUUAAAACCUGCCGUUAUUCACUCUGGAGCACAAACUGUUUCACGACCAAAUGCAGUACCAAAUGCGACAACCACCCACGGGUUAAAACCUGCUGUUGUUCACUCUGGAGCACAAACUGUUUCACGAUCAAAUGCAGUACCAAAUGCGGCAACAACCCACGCGUUAAAACCUGGUUUUAUUCACUCUGGAGCACAAACUGUUUCACGAUCAAAUGGAGUACCAAAUGCUGCAAUUUCAGCUCGCCAGUUAAAACCUGCCAAUAUUCACUCUGGAGCACAAACUGUUUCACGAUCAAAUGCAGUACCAAAUGCCGCAAUUUCGGCCCGGGAGUUAAAAACUGCCAUUAUUCACUCUGGAGCACAAACUGUUUCUCAAUCAAAUGCAGUACCAAAUGUUUCAUCACAAAUUAAGGUUUCUCAAACGAAAAAUGUGGUACAUUCGGUCCCUGCUGGUAGUUCUACGGCAAAGACAUCCAUUUCUACUGGUUUGCCUUCUAACCAAAAGGUUCAUUCAAAUGUUACCUCUGUGAAAGAACAAGAAAAAAGAGUUUCUGAUCCUGGCUCCACACCAAAAGAGAAGGUGAUAGAGAAAAAUGUAGUACACACUGUGCCUGCUGGUAGUUCUUUGACAAAGACAUCCAUUUCUUCUGGUUUACCUUCUGACCAAAAGGAUAAACAUGUUACCUCUAUGAAAGAUGAGGAAAAAAGAGUUUCUGAUCCUGGCUCCACCCCAAAAGAGAAGGUGAAAGAAACCGGAGCUUCUACAUUAAUUAUUCAGAGCCAGAUAGAUAACAAACAGAAUAAAGUGGGGCUAGAUUUAGAUAAAGCGAAAAGCACACCUAGCGUGAAAGUUUUGGAACACAAAGCAGUGUCACAAAAUCCAGGAGGUUGGGAAGAGCAAGGAAGUGUUAAGAAUUCAACUUUUAUCCUCAAAGCCACUGGGAAUGGAAAUAGCAAUUUGAACACGGAAAGUCAAGUUCAAAAUCAAGACAAGAAGACAAAUUCUGUUAAUGGAAGCUCUAACUAA